UCCCUCACUCGCUGAUGUACAGUCAGUGUACUACAAUAUUUUGAUUAAUUCUGCCUAAUUAUUUUAUUAUUUUAUUACUACACAGCGCUUGCAAGUGAAAAGUGUGUAUUGCACAUGAUACAGGUAAUAUGGGAGGAAUGAGGCGGUGUCAAAUGAAAACCGAGAAGGCAGGAUGGAGAGCGGAUAUUGUAUGCCAGUCUAUCGUCAAACUCUGUUAUUCCGCGCGGCAGCGUGUUUUCACAGCUACAUCUCCGACCUAUUGUCGCUAAAACUCGAAGGACUUACUGGAACCACAGUUUGCCAAUAAGAUGAUAUUCUUGUCAUUCAAACCUAUUCAUCUCCUCGGACUUCUUGUGCGUGGUGGUAGGUAAAAAGCAGACUUCUUUAGAUAGUUUCAGAGAUGGACAUGGACUCUGCAGCCCCUCCUCAGAGCGUGCUGGAGUCAUUCGACAGGAAUGGCGCCGCAUCCGAAGGCAACUCCGAAUAUUUACAGUCUGUUAGUAGCGAAUCGAGCUCAUUCAUCAUGGUUCAGUCCAAAAAUCGUCUCGAAGUGCCAUCCAGGUUGUGGGUGACAGCGGUUGUGGUCAUCGUGAUUGUCCUUCAAGUUGCUUCGACCACAGGACUCUUCAUAUACUUGAACAUGUCAAUGGCACAGGCUCGGACACAAGGUGUGGUGGAGGAGCUGAGGUGCUUGGGUCUUCUGAACGCUCUGGAGAUAGAACAGGAUGUACCUGAUGACCUGGUCCAGCUCUUUGGUGAGCCAUGCAUUAAACUGGCCGAAGGACUCAAAGCCUACAUCUCCAAGGUCACAGAAAACGUAAUCUCGAAACACACCUUUCAAGAAAGAGUCGCUAUUCCUCCACGUACAAAAUUACUCACCACUGGCAGCCCACGGCCGUCAGCUCAUCUUACUCUCAGAGACAGUGGACUGCAGGGUACGACAUCCUUAACCCCUCAGACUGACCUUCACCAGUCCUGUCGCCAUCCCGUUCGUUCCUGGGGGAACCAGAGUUUCGGCUCCCACCUGCACAACAUGACCGUGUCCAACGGACGCCUGCGUAUCCCUCGCGCAGGCCGCUACUACCUGUACGCCCAAGUCUACUUCCGUUAUCUCACCCUCUCCAUCGACGAUUACCACUCGGGCUCCGACAGCCACCAGGUGGUGCAGUGCGUCUACAAGAAGACCGCCUACGCUCGCCCUAUUCAGCUCCUGAAGGGUGUGGGCACCAAAUGUUGGUCUCCAGACAGCGAGAACGCCCUUCACUCCAUCUACCAGGGGGGCCUGUUUGAACUUCGCGCAGGCGACGAGAUCUUCAUCUCCGUGUCUUCUCCCACAGCUGUGUAUGCAGAAGACUCCUCCAGCUACUUUGGGGCCUUCCUGUUUGACCUCUGAGGGACGCAGUUGGGGCUUGUGGUCUCAUUCUAAGGGAAAGGAAAUUGUUCCUGUCGGAAGGCCCAACAUGGGAACCGUAAAGAGAGGGAAGCACAGAUACUCCAGCAUCUGAGGGGUUCAAAAGACCAAACAUCUCAGAAAACCAUCUAGUUAUUGUGGUCUGAGGACCAUUUGACAUUCUUAGGCUGAAUUUUAAGGUUCAGUAGAGUGAGAAACUCUGGACUCCCAUCUGAAUGGGCAGAUCAUGAGCAUAUCUGUGAGGGCUUUGUAAAGACAUUUCUGAAAAUGAGGACAGUGACCUUGACUAUUUAACCACAUAGAAGCCAAACUAAUUCCUUAAAAUUAAGACUUUCACCUUCAACAAAUGCUCAAAACUUUGUGCAAGCUGCUAUUUGUGCACGCAAACCAUGCCAGAUUAAUAGUGUCCCACUUUCUUUUGAUGUUAUACUGUUUAUAUUGUUCAUUCUUUCCUUAAAAAGACUGUCUUGGGCAGUGUGACCAAUCAUGGACUUGAAGUCUCCAGUUAAUUAAAGGAAGUUGUUUUGUUGGGAAGCACUAUGCCACAACAUACUGCAUUAUGAGUCAAACCUGUGUCAUUCACUGAUGUCUGAAGUAAAAUCUAGCAAAUAACCUAGAGCCAAAAAUAGGGUUAGAUGAAGAGUGAGACUUUGCAUGACUCAAAUUUAUCAAAACAAUCCAAAGUUAAACUAACAUUUUUCAAAAGAAUGCCUUUUUCCUGUUACAGCAAUUUUCCUGAAGCUCCAGGACAGACAGACAUCUUGAAAUAAUUUUGAGAAACAUGAGGAACAACAUUAAUCACCAAAUAUCACACUGGAAAGAAACACUAAAGAGCAUGUUACAUGUUAUUAUAUUUCAUGUAGUGCUUACAAAUAAAUUACAAUGAUAAUGAGACAUUCAUAUUUAACACUAAAGGAUAAUGCUGACAUAAAAAACAAGUUUACACAAUUUAAACAAUGAGUAUAAAGAACCCAAAAAAUUACUGCACCCAACCAUUACAAAUAAUUAGUAUGGAUGUUCUUAAUUAAGUGGCCCUUUAUUUAUCAAAAUGAGUGACAUUUUGACAAAAAAAAACAAAAAAAAGGAAAUACUGUGAAAGUUAGCUAAGGACUGAGAACCAACCAAGCUAAUGUGCCACUUGAGUGUUUUAAGCACUGCUUACAAAGAUCUUAGCAUUCACUCUGUGUCCCAAUGUGUGAGUUUCAUAAACAUAAAAGUGGUGUGGUAUGCUAGCAGAGAAAUGCAAAUUAUUAAAAAAAGAUUGAGCCAAACGGAUGCAGGCUUAAACACUAAAAUGGAAACAUCUGGGUUGAUAAGCGUAUAAUAAAAUUACACGAUUCAGAUGACUACAUAUUGCAUGCUGAGGUUACAUUUGGACAUGCAUGUGAUAGGAAUAUAAAUGGUACAGGCAAUGCAUACAAGCAGCAUUUGUUAAUGGAGAAAACUUGCGUACCAUUCAGCCAAGCUUCAGAAAAAAAAUGUAAUUAUAGAAUAAUUCGAGAUUGUGAUAAGAGAAUUAAAAGGUAAAAUCUGACUUAUAUUAACGGUAUAAUGUAAUGCCAUUUUAGCAUUGAUUGCACAUACAUAUUGGCCAAAAAUAAUGCCAACCUAACUUGCAUAGAGAAAUGCUACAUAAUGUGUAGUUUUAACUGGUAUUAAAACAUUUGAGAACCACAGUGUACUGAUCAAAGGUUUCGGGUUAGUAAGAUUUUCUUUUAAGAAACUAAUACUUUUAUUCAGCAAGGAUGCA